AUGGCAGCAGCAGAGGCCGAUGCAGCAACAGGAGCAGCAACAGUCGCUGCGCUGCUGCAACCGGGCCAGCAACACUCUCAGAAGGCGGGGGGGCUGACGAUGGGCCAAAAGCUGCAGCAGCCGUUGCUGCUUCUCCGACAACUGCAGCGUCUGCGGCAGUCGCAGCCGCAGCAACCGCACGAGCCCGCCGAAGGUAUAGAAGGCGGAGCUGUAGCAGACGUAGCGCACCAACAUCUGCUGCAGCAGCUACAGGAACUGCAACAGGAACAGCAGCGGCAGCUGCAGCAGCAGCUGCAGCAGCAUCAAGUGCAGCAGCACCAGCUGCAGCAGCAAGAACAGCAGGAAACGCAUCAAGGACUGCGGCAUCAGCUUCUUCAGCAAGUACUGCAGCCACAUGGUGACGACCUGGACCAACAAAUUCUUCUGCAGCAGCGAAUUCUGCGGGAGCAGCAGCAGCAGCUAUUGCAACUGCGGUCUAGCGGCCUCGGAAACAAUAUGGGUGCAGCCCCGUUAAAGCCAGAUCCGCUUGUGCUCCAGCUGCAGCAGCAGCUGUUACAGCAGCAGCGGCUGACGCCGACCCCGCAGCAGCUUGCAGUGCAGUGCAGCAACUUGCAGCAGCAAGUGCUGCUGCUGCAGCAGGCUCUACAAAGCAGUAGUAAGGAGACCUUGGCGGGGCUUAAAGGGACGUUGCAACAGCAGCAGCAGCGUUUACAGCUUUUGCUUUUCCAGCGACUACAACAGCUGCAGCCUCAGCGGCAGCAGAUGCCGACGUUCCCCGUGGGCGAGAUAACUAGUGGCAUCGCUGCCCCCGUGCAGCAACAGCAAACGCUGGGGCUGAGCUUAGCACAGCCUGAGCCUUGGGCGUUUGCUUCUGACUCGCAGCAGCAACAACAGCUGCCGAAAAGGGAGCGCCGGGGAGCUCUUAGGGGGCCCCAGUUGCAGCUGCCCGCUGCUGAGCUGCGCAGUCGAAAUGGCAAGCGACACAUGAAACACCAAGGUGGAGAAAAGUGGGAUGCAGCAGCUGCGGCAGCAGCCGCAGCGGAGGCAGCAGCAGAGGCAGCGGCGGCGGCGGCAGCAGUGAGCACCGUAGAAGCAGCCCCAGGAAAGCGCCGAAGGAUCCCCUCCGCGAAGGCACUGGCAGCAGCAGCUGAUGCUGCUGCUGUUGCCGCUGCAGCAACAGCAGCAGCAAGAGCUGCCGAUAGUUCCUACCGUCCGCAUCCUAAGUGGGAAUGGGUCUCCCAGCAGCAGGAACGUCAGCUGCAGCAAACACAGCAGCAACAGCGGCCACGACAGCAACGCCAGCGACAUGUGGCACCACCUGAGCAGUUCCCGACGAUUCCAACCUCUCGGCAAGCCCAGCUAGCUGCGCAACACGAGGAGAAGCUGCGGCUGCACCAGCAGCAGCUGCUGCUGCAGGAAGAGCAAGAGCGGCAGCAGGUACAGCGGGCACAAACCAAGCGAGAAACUUUUCAACAGAAGCUUCAGCAGCAGUCGCAACACCAGCAAAAGCACCACGUGUAUGCCCAUCCUUUGUGGCGUCGCCUGCAGCAACUCUGUGAGCUGCCCGCUUUACGGGUGUUGCUUCAAACUGCCGCAGACCAACAGCAGCAGCAGAUCUUUGCUGCAGGAGCAGGACUGGCAAGGGCCGACUGCCUGAUAGACACAUUGGCUGAGGCUUACCAUAAGUCGCUGCGGCUGUUGGCGCAGCAUGGGGUAUUGCUGCUUUGCGAAGCAGGCAGCAACAGCAGAAAGACUGCAGCUGCUGCUGCAGCGGCAGCUGCUACAAGCAGUAGCAGCAGCGUAAUUUACACUCGGCAUGUCCCUGCAGCUUGUAGUGCCAUUCGUACUGAGGCAAACUCUCGGGACCCGUGCCCUGCAGCAGAAGCAGCAGCAGCAGUCACGGCGACAGCAGCAGGGAAUGGUUGCGAAAAUGGGAAAAGGGGGAGGAGGGAAGCCAGUGGCUUACUGCUGCAGCACGGGCUGCUGUUACUGGCAGCCGACCGCCAGGUGGACUCUCCUGAGCAGCUGCUAGAGCAGCCGUUAGACAGCGAAGUAUUGCAGUUCCCUUGCGGGGCUCAUCUGCAGCUUUUGCCUUGUUGCAACGGUGGGGAUAGUGAGAGCUGCCGCAGCGGCAGCAGCACCAACGACAGCAGCAGCAACGGCAACAGAGACAAUAGCACGGAUGAGAUGAUCGGCGUCAUAUCGCUUGCGUGGUGCGCUCCAGGGGCCGUACGCGAAUUGUUACAGGCAGUGCUGUGCGCUGCUGCGUGCAUGGUUCUGGCUGCGAGCAGCAACAGCUCUAGCAGCAGUAGCUGCUGCGGGACAGACGAGCUUCGCGGGGUGUACUGCUGCACGGGAGACGCAGCUCAGCAGCAGCAGCAGCAGUUGAUUUCCGCAGUUUUAAAAUCCCUCGGAGCAGUACCAAGCGGCCCUCCUCCAUGUGCCGCAACGAACUGGAAGGGAGAUGGCAGCAGCAAGUGGCUCUACCUCGAGGGCGCAGUUUUGGCAGAUAGGCAGCGGUUACUUCAGCAGCAGCUGCACGUAUCUCCUGGCAUAGUGCACAAGACUUUAGAUACGUGCUCUCUACUCAGGGAUGGCAUCCAGGUGUACAGAAAUGUGGUCCCCCUUGAAGAGAUUGCUGUGGUUGGGCGACUUGUGCAUGCUCAUUUUGCUUUGUUGAUGGAUCGCGUGCUGCAGCAACAGCAGCACCAACACUGGCCGUAUCAGCAGUCUUCGAUCUUCAAGUACGACGGCAUCGCUUGUAGAAACUCACCACUGCGUGUUGAUGUGAAUGUAUCGGAACCGCACCUUGAAUAUGGGCAGGGGCCCCUAAGGGAGAUGCAUACUCUGCUUCGAAACAAACUGCGGCUUCUAGUUCAGCGCGUUGCUGCCGCGAUGGCUGUGGAUUUUUGCUCUUGGGAGAAAGCUGUUGUAAGGAGACAGCACCGACACGAGCAGCUUGAGCAACAGCAGCAGGACGGGUUGCGGAUCGAGAGAGACAAGAGGGAGUUGCAGAGAAAUAGCGGGGGCAGCACGACAGCAAGCACUGCAACUGAGUUGGACGACGAUGAUACUCCCCGCGCAGCAGCAGCAGGGACGGCGCAGGCAGGAGCAGCCACACCAACGGCACACUCGGGAGAAGUGACAAGCCCGUGCAUGAGUGCUGCUCGUGGUCCCUCAUGGAAUGCGGGGUCGGACUGCCCCACAUUUUCCACUGUAAAGUUGGAGGGAAGUGCGGCUGAGCCUUCAAUACCAGCAACUGCAGAAGCUCAAGAAGUGCAGGCGGAGCCGGCAUGGCAACAGGUUACUUGCGGAUAUCUAAUGUCUUUGGGGCCGCACGAAAACAACCAAAAGAUUCACUAUGACUACCACGAGGAAGCGCACAAACGGAACAUCGUGAGCGCGUUCAUCCCACUUGUGAAUCUGACCAGCAGCAACUCACCCACAACCUUUUUCAUCGGGUCCCACCCUGUCUUCUCGAAUGCGCAGGCUGGGGACCUAGUCAUCAUGGACAACAUUGUGCGGCACAGGGGCAGCAGUCAUUCAGCUGCUUCUCUACGUCCCCUCAUUUAUAUGUCACUUGUAGACAGACGGUUCUGCGGAGGAGAGAAAGUAGGCAGCAAAACGCAUUUCCUGAACUGGCAGCAGUACCCGCACAUUCCACAGCAGCAGCAGCAGCAAGCGCUCGAGAAGGAACCAAAAGGAAAAGCUGGGGCAGAAGGAGAGGUGAAUACUCCUACUGAUGCUACCUUAUGUGAGGAGGCGCCCUCGACUGCCGGUGAGGAAAACCCAUCGCAGCCCCCAAGCGACGGCGAGGCUUCUUCUGGUCCCGCGGAGGCAGCAAGAAGCCAUUUGAAGCAGCAGCAGCAGGAGGAGGAUGAAGAAUGUGUUUUGGAUCUUACGGAAGCGGAGGCUGCCGCGACAAACCUCGAGGAGCUCUGCGCAAUAAAUACCAUCGAUCCCCUGCAGUUGUUGCAGCCGGAGACACAGCAGCAGCAAGAGCAGGUGAAGUGCUGCGAGCGGAUCGCAGCUAGAGGCGAGUCGCCAGCUAAGAUUCGCGUGUCUCUGCACCGCAUGCAGCGUCACCUGCAGCGAAUGCUGCUGUACCGGUAUAUGGUGUACAAGCAGCAACAAACUGCGCUGCAGGAUGUGUAG